GAAUAUGACUUAUAAAUUAUUAUCAAUAAAAUAAAUAAAUAAAAUUUAAUUCAAAAGUUUACAAUUUGAUUGUAAUCCCAUUUUUAGUAAAGUGAAAAUUAAAUUUGGUUUUCGCAGCUGGCGACCCUGCGUAACGUCACAUUGGUAAUAAUAUGAAGAGAAAGCUGGUACCGGUUAUGUUUUAAGUCUAAUUUUUUUUCUAACGAUUUUGUCCUUAAUAAAUGACUUUUAGAAUUCAUAAAUGUAUGAAUUAUUAUUUAAUUGUAAUAACCGUGUGGUAAAUAGAAAGGAUUAUUUCAUAAAUUUCGAUUACUGUGUAGGUGCGGCCAUGUUGAUCUAUAAAAGAAAACUUUCUUAAUAUUUUCUGUUUUGGCAUUUUCUUCAGCAUAAUGCCCAAAUGUGAUGUCAAAACAAGGUAUAUCCCUGCAACAUUUGCUUGGACAUUAUUAUUAAGUGCAACGACAUUAUUUUUUUAUUUCCCAUGUCAAUAUUAUAUUUUCCGUCAUCCAUGGGUUCCAGCAUACCAGGGCGUUAUUACGUUUUUCGUUUUAGCAAAUUUUACCCUAGCCACUUUCAUGGACCCGGGAGUUAUACCCAAAGCUCCACCGGAUGAAGAUCGUGAAGAUGAUUUUCGUGCACCUUUAUAUAAGAAUGUUGAUAUAAAUGGUAUAACUGUGCGUAUGAAGUGGUGUGUUACAUGUAAAUUUUAUAGACCUCCAAGGUGUUCUCAUUGUAGUGUGUGUAAUCAUUGUAUUGAGACUUUUGAUCACCAUUGUCCUUGGGUAAAUAAUUGUAUAGGCCGUCGUAAUUAUAGAUUUUUCUUUUUUUUCCUCAUAUCGCUUAGUUUACACAUGCUCAGUAUUUUUGGACUAAGUUUAGUUUACGUUUUACACAACAAAGAACGUUUGUCAGAAGUUGGACCUAUAGUAUCUAUGGUUUUAAUGGGUAUUGUGACAGUGUUAGCAAUACCAGUAUUUGGAUUGACAGGAUUUCAUAUGGUACUGGUAUCUCGAGGUCGAACUACAAAUGAACAAGUUACUGGAAAAUUCAAAGGUGGUUACAAUCCAUUCUCAAGAGGAUGUUGGAAUAAUUGUUGUUAUACACAAUUCGGACCUCAAUAUCCAAGUUUAAUAAAAGCAUCACGUGCUGCAAAGAAAGGAGGCUCAACGGCAUCAAGUGCUAUUGCAACAAUAACUAGUGACAACCAGGUAAAAACGUAUAUGGAUAACAGCAAUGGGGUUAGAAAUGCCAGUUCCAAUGCUUACAAUAAGUUAUCACCAGGGCGUGAUUGUCCAUCAGAUCUUGAUACUGAUAUGGAACCUGGUGCUUCACAAUCUGCAGAUUGUGAACCAACGCCACCUCCAUUACAACGACAUGGGAGCAAAAGCAAUUUUCUCAUGAGUAGUUCAACUGGUCCAAAUUCUGGUGGCAACAAUACACAACAGAAUGUAAAUGUUUGUCAACCAGGGAACACCGAAUCACCUCCACGGCAUCCACUUGGUCCUAGAGGACCAUAUCGCCCUUCACCAACGAUGCAACAGCGUGUGAAAAAUCUUGGUGUUGCUACGCCAUUAGCAAUGUCUAGUCCAGUACGAAGAUCAAAUCCAGGUACGCCGACUCAACCUCGGCGUCCUGACUUCAUAAGUGUUCAGCAACCGUCGAACAGCACACCGCAAUAUUAUGAUUUUAAUUCGCAAAUGCGUUCAGGGCCCAAUCAUCAGGGAGGUUACGGAGGUAGUCCCCAAAGACGUUUUCUAUCUGAAGGUGAAUUAGUACGUCAAGGUGCAGAAUUAUCUUAUGCUCGUACGAAUAACACAGUGGAUAAUAUUCGUGAAUUAGCAGGAUCUCCACAACGUGGUAUCUACAUGUGGAAAGAUACUUCACCAGGCACAUAUCAACAAGGGAUUGUACCAACACAUCAACAACCGCCACAUAUAUCUGUCAAAAAUCAAAAUCCUCAACAAUAUUAUUGUUCAAAUCCGACAUCACCGACUACGCAACAAAUGACGUAUCAACAAACACGACCUAAUAUGCCAUAUCAUCCAGCAUUACGGGGUGGUGUUGCUGUAUUUCCCCCAGCACCAACUCAACAAAGUCCACAACAAGCACGACGAAAACCUCAAACACAUACGACGGAAUCACCUGAUCUACCAGCUAAUGCAGCUGACCGAAGAAGACGCCCGAUGUCAUUUGUGCGUGCAUUAGAAGUAUCAAAUUCAAUGGAAUUAUCGCGAACUUCACAUCAAACAGGUGGUUCACCACCAACGCCCGAUCGUACUAGUGUCUAUGAUAUGAACUACGAAAUAUCCGUAUAGCAAAAGCAUUAUCAGUAAAUAGUGCUGAUUGUUUUUCCCCUUAAAACGUGCCUCUGAUUUCAUAUAAUUCAUGCACAUUCAACCUGCCAAAUAUUAAACGAAUUGUUGCACAUUCCUUGCAAUAGACAAUAAGAUUGUGUAAUAACUAUUUUUAUUUUACCGGUUAUCAAAAUAUUAUUUAUCUGAUUUCAUAUGGGCCAUAUUAAAUCAUUAUUCAACAAAAUCAUAAUGAGUGCGAAUCUUAAAUUAUCAAAUCAAAUGGCAACUUUUUUAAUUAUUAUUUAAAGUCUAGUACAGCCUAAAAAUUGCCUGUCUUGAAAAAUAUAUAUUUCUAUCAUGCUAAAUCCACAUACUUUCGAAAUUGAUUUUUUUUGUAGAUUGAUACAUUUUUUUUGAUCGGUAUUGUAUAAGUUGAAAUAGUUAAGCCUGUGAGCACGAAAAAAUUUUAGAAAAGCGAUUCGUUUUUAAAGUCUGCGUCUUUUAUCUAAAUAAUUCCUCAAAUAACAAGGAUACAACAAUACCGAAUACAAUUAAAAAGACUGUGUCAUAUUUGCAACUACACUUUUCAGUUUUUUCAUGUACUUCAACUAUUUUCAUGUACCUUUAUAAUCAGAUUUAUGGUUCUCGCAGUCAUGAUGAAUAUAUAAUGCCAAUAAAUGAAAGAAAACAGAAAAUUUUGCAUAAUUCUUGAUCACUCAAGACAAUCGUAGUUGUUGUAUGCUCUCCCCAAUAAUUUUCAUAACAUUUAUAAUAGCGUAUCCCAUUCAGAUUUUAGUACGAUAGCUUAACGCUCGCUCGUGGAAAGUUUUUAAUAUACAAAAUAGAAUAAGAGCUGGAUAAUUUUAGGUGCUGGAAGAUAUUCAAGAGAUUUAAUUGUCAUGUUUCUAAGUAUCAUAAAUGAUACAGUCUUGUUAUUUGAGUGCUAUUUAUGUCAAUUUUCAACUAAAUUUGCAGAUAUAUAAAAUAUUUUAUUUUUAACAAAUACCGCGUUCCUACGACAAAACGAUUUAAUACAACUGUAUUUUAAAAUCAUUAGUUUUUUUUUACGUUACAUACUCAAGGAAUAUUUUCGCAGCAAAAAUCAACUGUCGUUAUUAUAUUUAAUAAUAUAUGUUUAAUAAAAAUUUAUCGCGCAAAUAGUUAAAUUGUUCGUCGCCGUCGUAGGAGGUAUCAAAAUCAGUUCUAUAGUUUGAAAAAUUUGUUUAUUUAAUUUAUUUAUUGCUUUGAAGUGUAUAGCGGGGUUUAAAAUGGAGAGAAAGAGAAAAUCGAGAUUUUAGUUUUAUUUUUAAAAGAUGAAUUUGUACAGCUGUUUUUGUAAAGAUACUUUUAUAGUCAUGUAAAUUACUAGCAUUCAUAACAUUGAAAAAUUUAGCUUGAUGCAGAUAAAUAUUCUUUACGACAAGUAACUUUUAGGCGUUCUUUGACUCAUAUUAUAUAUAUUAUUUUUUGAAUUUUGAAUUAAUUUU